AUGGAAACUUCAAGUUCUAGCGGACAGUUAUUAUAUGGACCCGAAGAUCUGUCAGUGCUAUAUCUUCAGAGAGAACACAUUUCAAAUAAACUACUCAAUGAUGGCACAACAUAUCUUUUCAAAGUGAAAGUUCGACAGACGGAAAGUAAGAUUUUGGAUACGGAUAUUCAUGACAAUGUGAGGUAUUGGCUUGACAUAUUUGGUUUCAAAUGCGUGAUGGAUUGUGGGAAGUCGAUGAAGGUCGACAAUGAGAUUAUCACGGCUUUGCUUGAGCGUUGGAGGUCGGAAACGCACACUUUCCAUCUACCGAUUGGAGAGGCGACAGUGACUUUAGAAGAUAUGCAAGCCAUUUGA